AUGGCUUUAAAAAACAUUGGAAAAAAUUUGCAAUUAAAAUGGCUUAGAAUUGAAGUUGUAAGCCGCAGCAUGUCAUUAAACAGCAACUUUCUAUUGGUUUCUUCAAAGAAAGCUUUGUCAGAAUUGACUUCAGAUCGUGCUGAACAACUGUUUUUCAUCACGAUUUUAUUAACAUUUCUCAUCGUGCUUUUAUCACCUUUUGUCAAAGGGAUUAGCAGUUGUUUGGCGAGAACCUUUUCUCUAAUUGCAUGUUUACACUAA